AUGGGCAACUGCUUUAGCCUAAAACAAAAGAAGAAGGAACUUGAUCGAGAUCAUCCAACAGUCAGUAGAUGGUUAGCCAGUUGUGAUUUUUCAUCGGUGCCCGACGUCGAUGACUUUUCUACAGAGGAAGGUGACUUGGAUGGAUACAUUACUGCUCUAGAGAACUUGGAAAGCGAGGAAGGUGAUGGGACCGGUGACACAGUUGAGGAGCUGGCGCAAUCAUCUUGCGACGAUAUUCAGCAGGAACAUGAUCUUUAUAUGCAGCUUGAUGAAGAGAGUGUUUAUGAAACUUCUGAUGAGCAAGGACCAUACGAAAUGGAAAAGUCUUCAGAUGUUUCUGUGAGUGUCAAGGAACUAGGCCUUCUUGCUCAAAAUUUGCGAGUCACUCCAGAUCAGAAUCAUAGCUGGCAGGAAGAAGAUGAUGUUGUAGACGAACUCACUGAGGAAGAAAACCACCGAAAGAGGAAGGAGUUCUUUACUCACCGCGGAGGUUAUUAG